CUUUCUCUCCACUUGAGCACACGGACACCCAGCUUCCAGCAAUCCAGUUCCACCCCAAAACGUAGUCAAUUUUCCCUAGGGCAGGAGGACCUUCGCCUUCGCCCCGACUCCGGCGCCCCGCUUCGCCGCGCACUCCGCCGCCGAAGAGAUGGACUAUCUGAAGACGGUGGUGCCGUCGCAGCUCAUGGCCGAGCGUGGCUCCAACCUCGUCGUUAUCAACCCAGGAUCUGCAAAUGUGCGCAUGGGGUUUGCUAGUCAGGAUGUGCCAUUCAAUAUACCACACUGCAUUGCCCGACGCAUCAAUCCACAGCAGGACAAAGAACCAGGGUUCUCUGUGCGCGAUCAGAUGCUCAACUGCCAUGCUACUUCAUCACUGAAUGCAGAGCGGGAGAGGGCAUAUGAUAUUAUUGCAGCACUGCUGAAAAUCCCAUUUUUGGAUGAAGAAAUGCCUUCAGCGAACCAACCCUUUCCUCCAAAGAUGGGACGUGUUGACGGCUUUUCCUCACAGCAAAGCAGAGAUGAUGGUAAAUUGACUUGGACAGAUGUGACGGAGAGAAGUAUUAAGUCAUCCACGAUAAUUGAGGGGUCACUUAACAAGGAUGCUGCGGAAGAUACUCUGCCAAGCACAUCAGGUGAUGGUAAUGAACAUGACUUUGAAGAAACCAAGUAUAAGGAAAUGAUAUUCGGAGAGGAUGCUUUGAAAAUCCCUCCUUCUGAGUCAUACUGUCUGAACUGCCCGAUCAGGAGAGGCCAUUUCAAUGUUUCUAAUAUUUAUUCAUUGCAUCAGGUUUUAGAAGAUUUACGCACUAUUUGGAACUGGAUACUGACAGAAAAGUUGCAUAUCAACGCAAGAGACAGAGGUCUAUAUUCUGCAAUUCUUGUUCUUGGGGAGACAUUUGACAACCGAGAAAUAAAAGAGAUGCUGUCUAUUGUCCUUCACGAUUUGGGGUUUAGCACAGCAGUGGUACACCAGGAAGCUCUAGCUGCAGCAUUCGGAAAUGGUUUGUCUACAGCUUGUGUUGUCAACAUUGGUGCUCAAGUUACACAAGUAGUUUGUGUUGAGGAUGGAGUAGCUUUGCCCCACACAGCUUUGGCACUUCCAUAUGGUGGAGAUGACAUCUCUAGAUGCCUGCUUUGGGUUCAACGUCGACAUGGCACAUGGCCAAACUUUCAAACUGAUCCAGCGAGCAAGCCUGUAGAUAUGCUAAUGCUCAACAAAAUAAAAGAGUCAUACAGCCAAAUAAGGAGUGGGAGUUUUGAUGCUGUUUCCCUUGUUCAUUCAUACGACAAUGAAAGAUCUGUUGGGCAUCAGAAGACAAGACUAUCAGCUCUCAAUGUUCCUUCUAUGGGGCUUCUUUAUCCAAGGGUUCUUGUCCCAGAAGAGUACCCUCCACCUCCUCGAUCAUGGUUUCAAGACUAUGAUGACAUGCUGGAAGAUACUUGGCAAACAAGCGACAGUCUUUACCCUAGUGGGAAUGGUGGGUUUGGCAUGUGGGACAGUUAUCCUAUGUUUCCCACUAGAUUAAAGAAAUUUGAUAACAUUGGCCUCGUAGAGGCCAUUGUUAGUAGUGUUCUUUCGACAGGACGUAUUGACCUUCAAAGGAAGCUAUUCUGUAGCAUUCAGCUGGUUGGUGGCACAGCUUCAACUGCUGGCCUUGCACCAGUUUUGGAACAAAGGGUUCUUAAUAAAAUUCCAUCAAACCAAUCGAUCGAGAAAGUUGAGGUAUUGCAGUCUAGGACUUAUCCGUUAUUUGUUCCGUGGAAAGGUGGAGUGAUUUUGGGUGUCCUUGAUACUGGUAGGGAUGCUUGGAUUCAUCGGGAAGAUUGGAUUAAAAAUGGUGUCCACAUUGGGAGUGCCAGGAAAUAUAAGGAUUCCUAUUUUCUUCAGGCACAAGUAAUGUGCUACUACAAUACAUAACAGGUGUUCUCUUUCUCUCUCUAGUGCUACGUGAAGGAUCACCCCGGAUUCGGGGUAAUGGCGGAAGUUAAGCAUGAUGGAAUGGUGGACGGAGGAUUAAACCACUUGAAGACGGAGGAGGGCUACAUUCAUCAGACGUUUUCCUGGGGAGGCACAAAAGCUGGAGAUUUUGUUGCUUGGCCAAGAAGCUCGCGUAGUUUCGGUGUCUUCAAUUUCUUAGAAGAGGGCCGAGGGAUCUCUGUAGUGCGAGCGCUUCCGUUUUAUUGGCACUUCCCUUUCAGUUUGAACAAUUAUGUACCACGCACCUAUGUGUCUGGUUUCGCUAAUUGAAAUGGGGGCUCAACCCCAUAUCUAAAAAGAUCGGUGGACUGCAAUUAACUAUGGGCCCAGGAAGACAAACAAAUGCUCAAACAACAUAAGCAUGUACAUGUGACAUUAGUGCAAAACACCUGAUUUAGUGUG